AUGAAACUUAGCCGCUCAUUGUUGCUCGUUUUCCUCGCACUGGUCGCCCAGGCCGACGAGGUUGUUCGUCCGGAGUACACGCCGUUGGAGCUGCAAACAGACGCCUUUUUCGAGCAGUUUAACGAUUCGUGGGCUUCCAGAUGGAAGGCUUCCCACAGCAAGCGCGACAACAAUUUUGUUUAUAGAGGAGAGUGGAGUGUGGAGGAGCCCGUGGUGAACCCUGGUUUCAAGGGCGACAAGGGUCUGGUGGUGAAAACCGAGGCCGCGCACCAUGCAAUCAGUGCUGUGUUGCCUACCCCAUUCGAUAACACUGACAACACUCUGGUUUUCCAGUACGAGGUGAAGCUUCAAAAAGGUCUUGAGUGCGGAGGUGCGUACGUCAAAUUGUUAAGCGCCGAAGGGGGACCUUCUGACUCCAAGGAGUUCAACAACGACUCGCCUUACCAGGUCAUGUUUGGUCCUGACAAAUGUGGAAUGUCCAACAAGGUGCACUUCAUUAUCCGCAGAAAGAACCCGGUCACUGGUGAGUACGAGGAGAAGCAUCUUAAGACACCGCCAAUGGGAAGAGUCGUCAAGACCACCUCUUUGUACACUCUGAUCAUCAAGCCUAACCAGGACUUUGAGAUCCGGAUCAACGGUGAGGUUGCCAAGGCAGGCUCGCUGCUGGACUCGAGAUACUUCGACCUUACUCCUCCAAAGGAAAUUGACGACCCAAACGACGAAAAGCCAGCAGAUUGGGUUGAGGAUGAGAUGAUCCCUGAUCCAGAUGCCAAGAAGCCAGAGGACUGGGACGAGGACGCUCCGUACUUGAUUGUGGACCCGACCGCUUCCAAGCCGGACGACUGGGACGAGGACGCGGAGGCAUACAUUCCAGAUCCAGACGCUGUGAAGCCAGAGUACUGGGACGACGAAGAAGACGGAGAGUGGCUCGCACCAAAGAUUCCUAACCCAUUCUGUGAGGAGCACGGCUGUGGACCAUGGACGGCCCCAAAGAUCAGAAAUCCAGAGUACAAGGGUAAAUGGACUCCUGAGCUAAUUGAGAACCCAGCCUACAUUGGACCAUGGGCCCCAAGAAAGAUCGCCAAUCCAGAAUACUAUGAGGACCCAACACCGUCCAAUCUGGAGCCAAUUGGCGCAUUGGGAUUCGAGCUGUGGACCAUGACCGAUUCUAUUUUGUUCGACAACAUCUAUUUGGGCCACUCGAUCGAGGAAGCUGAGUUUAUCGGUAACAAGACGUUUGUUCCUAAAGUGGAGAUUGAGGAGCAAGUUGCGGCUUCGAACGCACCAAAAGCUCCGUUCGAGCCAGAAAAGCCUCAGGAAUUUGAUACCGACAAGUCGGUGAUCUCCGAUCUGUUCGACAAUGGUGUCGGAUAUCUGUCGAAGGUUUAUGCUUCGGGAAAGCUCUACUGGGCAGACUUCUUGGAAGAUCCAGCUCCAACUCUUUUGAACCGUCCAGGUGAGGCAUUUUUGUUUUCCUCUGUGGCCGUUGGAACUUUGACCACCAUCUUUGCUCUUUCUGCUACUCUCGUGAGUAUCGUGUCCAGUCUGGUGACGUCUCCUGCUCCUCAGCCAGUGAAGAAGACAGAAACCGCACCAAAGAUCGAGCUCAUUGACGAAAAAGCCACUGCUACCGAAUCCAAGAUCAACGAGACAGAGGCCGUGAAGAGAGGAUGA